ACUGGCCUUUACUUUCUUUCCGAAUUGAGCCCUAAAUUGAAAGUUUUGAAAUCCCUUCAAAGAUUUUCCAUUUAAACCGUUUGUUCGUUCAUCUUCAACCCUUCAAACUUUCUCCCGCCAAUUCUCCACAUCCCGUACAAAUAUAAAAUUCACGUUACUUUCUAUCACAUUCACUCUUAAAUCUGUUUUCCAAGAACAUUUUUCCUGUUUUCUUGAUUUAAAAAAAAAAAACCCAUUAAUUCAUUUUAGGGUUUUUUUUUUUUUCACAUUUCAGAUCCCAACCCCCAAUUUGAACAAUUUAAAUACAAAGUUUGUAUUUUGACCAUACUUUUCAUUGUUUCUUUGCUUUCCUCUAUUUGGGUUUGCUCCCUUUUGAGUGCUCGAUGAAGGUUGUGGAACUCCCAGUUUCCAUUGGUUGUUUCAAGAAAUUACUUGCAAAUAAGUUGAUUUUUCGGUAUUCCAGACAAUGAGUGCUGUGAAUAUUACUAACGUCACGGUUUUGGACAACCCGGCGCCGUUCUUGAGUCCGUUUCAGUUCGAGAUCUCUUACGAAUGCGUUACUCCUCUUAAAGACGAUUUGGAAUGGAAACUUAUUUAUGUGGGAUCUGCUGAGGAUGAAACUUACGAUCAACAAUUGGAAAGUGUCCUUGUUGGGCCUGUCAAUGUUGGAAACUACCGUUUUGUAUUGCAGGCUGAUCCGCCAGACCCAUCAAAGAUACGUGAAGAAGAUAUUAUCGGUGUUACUGUGCUUCUAUUGACGUGCUCAUACCUUGGCCAGGAGUUUAUCCGAGUGGGCUACUAUGUAAACAAUGAUUACGGGGACGAGCAGUUGAAAGAGGAGCCUCCCCCGAGCGUUUUGAUUGAUAAGGUCCAAAGAAAUAUAUUAUCUGAUAAACCAAGGGUCACAAAGUUCCCCAUCAAUUUUCAUCCUGAAGACGGCCAAAGAGCAGAGGAGCCCCCUCCUCCCAACCACCCUGAUGAAGCUGAUCAAAAUGCAGAAACAUCCGUCUCACCUGAUCAUCCUUAACAAUCAGGAGACUUGAAAUUUAGAACUUACAGGAGCAUCGCCUGCCUUAGCUGGUCAAAUUUAGAAAUUCAGAAAUUUAGGGUGAUGUCUUUACUGACUUGCAAGAACUUUAUCCGAACUUUACCUUAACUGAGGAAUAUUGCUUUCAUUUUCUUGAUAACCAA